ACAAGGAAGGAAGGAGGUUACAACGCCAUGCUCCCAACCAAGGAAUUAGUGGGGCAAGACCUCCAAUACUCCUACUACCAUUACCUCGUCUUCUCCGCGAUCCUACUGCUCCCUCUUCUCGUCCUCAAGCUCAGGCUCCGGCAACGCAAAGACAAAGACGUCAACAACCCGCCUCCAGGCCCAUGGCGCCUGCCGGUCAUCGGCAGCCUGCAUCACCUCGUGAGCCUCGCAGGCGCACUCCCACACCAUGUGAUGCGAGACCUUGCCGGGCGGCACGGCCCGUUGAUGCUGCUCCGCCUUGGGGAGCUCCCCCUCGUGGUCGCGUCGUCGGCCGACGCGGCGAUGGCGGUCAUGAAGACCCACGACGCCGCGUUCGCCACGCGGCCGCAGACGGCCACGCUGCGCGCGCUCACCAAGGACGGCCUCGGCGUCAUCUACGCGCCCAACAGCGACCACUGGCGCCAGCUCCGCAAGCUGGUCACCACCGAGCUGCUCAGCGCGCGGCGCGUCAAAGGGCUCCGCGUCACCCGCGAGGCCGAGGUCUCCAGCCUCGUGGCGUCCAUCGCGUCGUCGGCGUCGUCGCGGUCCUGCAAGGACCCCGUGAACCUCAGCUCCCUGCUGUCCAGGUUCGUCACCGACGUGACGACGCGCUCCGUGGUGGGCGACUGGAUCACCGAGCGCGAGGCCUACCUGGAGGCGAAGCGGCAGGUCGUAAAGAUGGCCGCCAAGUUCAGCCUCGCCGAUCUGUUCCCGUCGUCGCGUCUCGCCCGCAUGUGCAGCGGAGGAGUGCGCCAGGCGGAGGCGUGCAACCGUGAGAUCAACCGUAUCAUGAGCAAGGUCAUCGAGGACCACCGUGCAAGGAGGUCGGCUGGCACCGGCGGCAAGGAAGAGGUCAUCCUGGACGUGCUGCUCAGGACACAGAUUGACGGUGUGCCUCUCGACAUGGGAACCAUCCGAGCCGUCAUCCUCGAUCUUUUCGCCGCUGGGAGCGAGAGCUUUGCAACGACGCUGGAGUGGGCCUUAGCGGAGCUGAUACGGAACCCAACCACACUCCACAAGGCGCAGUCCGAGGUGCGACGCGCCCUCGCCGGACACACCCGCGUAUCGGAGGACGCCCUGCGCGACCUCCCCUACCUGCAUCUCGUCAUCAAGGAGACUCUGCGGCUGCAUCCCACAGGCCCGCUGCUCCUCCCGCGGGAGUGCCGGGAGCCCUGUCGCGUCCUCGGCUUCGAUGUGCCCCAGGGCGCCAUGGUGCUUGUCAACGCCUGGGCGAUUGGCCGCGACGCCGCCAGCUGGGGCGCUGACGCCGAUGAGUUUAGGCCGGAGAGAUUCCAAGGCGACGGCGGCGCGGUGGAAUUCUAUGGGACGGACUACCAGUUCCUGCCGUUCGGCGCAGGCCGGAGGAUGUGCCCUGGCGUAUUGUUCGCCCUCGCCAACGUGGAGCUCGCCAUGGCCAGCCUUCUCUACCAUUUCGACUGGGAGCUCCCGGGUGGUGCUGAUCCGACUAAGCUGGACAUGACGGAGGGGUCCGGGCUCUCUGCAAGGAGGAAGAGCGAGUUAUGGUUGAAUGCCACUGUUCAAGUCACUGUUCCUGAGUGAGUCACUCUAAGGUUUUCGUUUCUACCUAAAGAAAACCUUUAUUUACUACCGAUAUCCCACAGCUAGGUACCCCCUGUGCAUAUAGAUUUUAAAAAAAAGUCAAAACCACAUAAACUUUGACCAGUUUGUGACAUAUGCCAGACAUAUUAAUGUCGUUUCAAAUUAUAUAUAUUUGGUAUUGUAUAUAUAUUUUCAAUAAAUGGAUUGUUGAUAGAAAUAGUUGUUUCUAUAGACUUGGUCCAACUUAAUAAAGUUUGACUUCUCAAAAAUCUAUAUGCACUCUAUUAUGAAACGAAGUUUCUGCAUCAGAGGGAAGUCCUUCCUCCCAACGUGUCAUUGUCAAAAGGCGGGCGGUUGAGUGCUAGUCAAUCUUCUGCUGCCAUUUGUUCCGGAUUGAUGGAGAUGGCGCAGCGAAGGCACCGCCCCAAGUGGUUCGUCCCAGUCGACGAUGGCUCCGGUCUCCGGCUAGUACUAUGUAAAGGAUUGGAUUGCGUUUUUUUGUCUGUUCUUGGGUCCUCUUUGCAAGAUGCAAGGACUGGCUUGUAAUUUUCUUCUAUGUGGGUGGUAUGUGUUGAUUCUUAUCUAAUGAAGUUUAGGCCCUUCGAGACUCUUGCCCGUUAAAAAACAGGUUUGCUAAAUGUCAGGCACCUGAAAUUUUCUUUUGUUUCAGUCGAAUUUGUGAUUGUCCGUUAGUUGCGUUGUGAUUUGUGCUUCCAUGCGUCGUUGGGCUGUGGUAUUCGAAUGACCAGUUUUUGUGUUUUCAGUCGAGUCAUUGUGUUGGCGGGCCUUAUGGGCUUGUUUCUACAGCCUAGCUCAGUUGGCU